AUGAAUAUUAAAAGCAAACGUUUAGAAUACCUAAAAAAGAAAAUUGGUUAUUUACAAGAUGACGAUAUAUAUGUUGUAAAACCAGGUAUAAGAGGAAAUGUUGAUUAUCUUAUUGAUUUGCUGAAACUUAAACGUGUUGAAGAUGCAAAACGUGCGAAAUCUUCGAAAAAUAUUCAAUCAUCAUCAUCAUUAAAUAGAACAACAGUAGCAUCCUCAACAGGAACAAAAUUAGUAUCUGAUAUUCCUUUGAGUGAUCUAUCAGAAACUUCAACAAUUAAACAUUCAAAUUUGUCAAAUAAUGAACAUAAAAAAUAUAUAGUGGACUCAAUAAAUUACUGGUGGGAAAAUAAUAAAUCAAAUAUUGAUUCUUCACAAUUUUCGUUCAUUGAAGGUCAACAUUUUUUUAUUUCUAUGUUGAAUCGUCCAAGUGAUACAAUCAUGGGUAAAAUAAAAUGUUGCUGCGGUAAAAUGAUAUCAUUAACAAUAAAUCGUGAUAAAUUUCAAAUUUCAAAUUUUUACAGGCAUUUACAAGCAGUUACCAGUCGUUAA